AUGGAAGCCUUUAUAUCUACCGGCCAUGCCGAUCCUUCAACAUAUCUUGAAUUUGAAGUCAGCCCCAACAACGUCACAUACCAGGCCUUUGUCUACAACCCAUCCAAAAACCGAACAGACGGUGCUCCAUUCGACCACGCCUUCAUCAGCAACCCCAUAGCAGACGGAAUCACCUCGAAGACAUCGCUUGCUCAAACCCAAGGGAAGUGGACUUCAAAUGUACAGAUCCCUCUUGCUCUCUUUAACGUGGACACUCCCCAGGGCUCGAAAUGGCGUAUGAACUUUUUCCGCACUGUGACUUCGAAAGAGACCUAUCCAGAUCAGAUCUUGGGUGCUUGGAGUUCACCAGACAAAGCAAGCUUCCACAUAACGUCGAUUUUCAGAAAGAUCAUAUUUGUCUAG